UCGACCAAUCCUCAGAGACCGAGGUGGUGUCGGCGUGACGACAGCAAGGGGCAGGGUCGAAACAGCCCAGGGGGCGGGCGUUUGAAAUCCGUGCUUUAGAGCAUACCCUAAACAUGAUUUUAUACCUUCAAGAACCAAUUACUUAAUGUCUCUUCCGUCUUUUCCUUCCCCGACCCCCUCCCAGACUCCUUCAUUCCGGUACUGCGUGGACGGAAAGCCCCGGGUAGCCGACACCACGUCCCCGGCUAGCGAGAGAGAGCGUAGAAAAGGAUUACACCCAACUGUUUAAAUCCAACGGCUCCUGCUGCCUUUCUCCUGAUCUAGACCCAACAAGCCUAGAGAGUUGGGCUACGGAAAAACUAGUAUUUUCAUUUAAUUGGAUAUGAAGAAAGAACAAAUAUGUACGGGGGCAACCACGAUCUUUAUAAAGAACAUAAGUUCCAGAAAAUCAGGAACCUUGUCUCUCUUGUUCACUGGUGUAUCCUCUGCAUAUAGAACAGUGCCUGGCACAUAAUAGGUGCUGAGUUUUGUUUAAACACUGCUCUGAAGACACUACAUUUAGGAUACAUAUGCAGGACUGGGUGAUUCAAUAGACCUCAAGAGGACAGAGCCAGAUUCUAACUGAGGAACAUAACAGAGUUGCAGGCUCAGCCAACAUAAGUUCUGGGCAAAACUUGUGCCCAAACUUCUGCCCAGAGUGGAGUCUCUAGGUGAAUUGGCACGCCAAAGAGAUAUUGUCAUUUCAUUUGCAUAAAAGUCCACUGGUAGGUCCUGUUGACUCAUAGAUACUCAAACCCGUUUUUGAAAAAGUAGCAUUUUCCAACAUCCUCAACUAUCUGAAAAAUACAUAAAAUUUUGAGUCUGUUUCUUAUUGAUGGAAGCUAUGAAGUCUAAGGCCAACUGUGCUCAGAACCCAAGUUGUAAGAUAAUGAUAUUUCAUCCAACCAAAGAAGAGUUUCAUGAUUUCGAUAAAUAUAUUGCUUACAUGGAAUCCCAAGGUGCACAUCGAGCUGGCCUGGCCAAGAUAAUUCCACCCAAGGAAUGGAAAGCCAGACAGACCUAUGACGACAUCAACGACAUCUUAAUAGCCACUCCCCUCCAGCAGGUGGCCUCUGGGAAGGCAGGUGUGUUCAUGCAAUACCAUAAAAAGAAGAAAGCCAUGACAGUGGGAGAGUAUCGCCACUUGGCAAACAGUGGGAAAUAUCGCACCCCACCACACUUGGACUUUGAGGAUUUGGAGCGAAAAUACUGGAAAACCCGCCUGUAUGAUUCACCGAUAUAUGGCGCGGACAUCAGUGGCUCCCUAUUUGAUGCAAGCACUAAACAAUGGAACCUUGGACACCUCGGAACCAUUCAGGACCUGCUGGAGCAGGAGUGUGGAGUUGUCAUCGAAGGCGUCAACACGCCCUACCUGUACUUUGGCAUGUGGAAGACCACCUUCGCCUGGCACACGGAGGACAUGGACCUUUACAGCAUCAACUACCUGCACUUCGGGGAGCCCAAAACGUGGUACGCGGUGCCCCCGGAACACGGCCAGCGCCUGGAACGCCUGGCCAAGGAGCUUUUCCCGGGCAGUUCGCGGAGCUGUGAGGCCUUCCUGCGGCACAAGGUGGCCCUCAUGUCGCCCACUGUCCUCAGGGAGAACGGGAUCCCCUUUAGUCGGAUCACUCAGGAGGCUGGAGAGUUCAUGGUGACGUUUCCCUAUGGCUACCACGCCGGCUUCAACCACGGCUUCAACUGUGCGGAGGCCAUCAAUUUCGCCACCCCGCGAUGGAUCGACUAUGGCAAAGUGGCCUCUCAGUGCAGCUGCGGGGAGGCCAGGGUCAGCUUCUCCAUGGACGCCUUCGUGCGCAUCCUGCAACCCGAGCGCUACGAGCUGUGGAAACGCGGGCAGGACCGGGCUGUCGUGGACCACGUGGAGCCCACGGCGCCGGGCAGCCAGGAGCUGAGCGCCUGGAGGGAGGCCUGGGCGCCCGGGAGAGCCACGCUGGGCCUGAGGCACCUCCAGCCCCCUAGGGCGGCACGCACCCCUCGGCGGGUGGCUCCCUGCAGUGGGCCCCGCCGUCGCCGUGCCCCUGUGCGCCAGGCAUCCUCGCGCCCCUCGCAGUCCCGGGGUUCUGCCUCUGCGGCCCAUUCUGGGGCUGCUGCCGCCCGCAGCUCCCCGGAGCCCGGCCCAUCAUCUCUGCCGUCAACCCCGGGUCAGUCUGCCGCAGAUCUCCAGCCAAAUGGUAGAUGUGGUCAUGGUCGUCGUCUUGGGGAACAGGAGACUCAAGAGUCCAUUGUCCAGGCCCGGGCUAAGAGGUGCCUCUCCGUGGACUCAGCGAGCACAGCUCGGGACCUUGAUGCUGAGCACAGCUGAACCCUGCCCACCCCUCAACCCCUAUCUCUACAUCGUGCAAAGGCUUCCGGGUGGUGCUGUGCCCCUGUCCCUAAAGCCCAGGUUAUGCCUUUGUUUCCUGCUGCUCUUGUGUUUGGAGAUUCAUUGAUACUGGUCACAUUUACAUCUCAGAGCUUUGGGCACAUUCGUAGGUCAUGGGCCUUGCAUGAGAGUCCCCACUGUUGCCUCUGAUCAGGUUGAGUCCUUGGUAUUUACCAAGUUCGUUAUAGUUUGUUCUUCCUCCCAGACCCUAGAAUGUCUUUGGACAUUGCUAACUCCUGUGUUGCCAACCGAGGUUUCAUCCACUGGACACUCUUGUAUCUUUGCAAAGUAGGUUCUGCUGAGUUUGCCAGAGCCUGAUAUACCCAGACUCCCAUCUUCUGGGACAACUCUGAAUGUUGCCCAGCUUCUGAAGAAUCCUGGCCUUUGGUUCCCCUCCAAUCUCCCUCCCUUUUUUCUUCCUCCUCCCCCUC